AUGAGAGGAGCCCCGACAGGAACUGGCGGAGCAGAGCUGAAUUCCAGUGAUUCUGAUGCUGGCAGUAGCAAGGCCAAGGAAGUGGGGAAGGUAGGCGCUGCCAAACAUGAGCAGUGGUUAGAGCUUCAAAAUUUGGAAGAGUGGCUGGAUGCCUUGCUGGGGGCAGGACAGUACCAGCAGGGUGGACAAGGUCAAUUCACUGCCGCAAACAGAGGGGAAGCAGAGAAGGCGGUAGAGGAAGAAGACAAGAUUAUGACGCGAAAGAAGCACGCUUUCCAGAAUGACCCGGAUGGAGCGGGACAGCCCACCGGGGCAACCGGAGGAGCAGCAGGGAGAGCAAUAGUGGAGGAACGUUCAAAGCCACUUCAGCUGCUGUCUAGGCUGGACAUGGUUCACUACUUGAACGUGACGGGCGGGUGGGAUGAGGAUCUGCCAAUUGUCACUGAGCUGGGGGGGAGCAGGCAGGGGGAGAUUGACAAUUUUGCGUCCAUGCUGGUGCAGGUGCUGGGGGUGAAGGAGAGUGCUGAUCUAAAGGAAGGGUUUGGGUUCUUUGUGCAGCAACUGCUGUCAGGCGGGCUGGAGAUGGCGCAUGCACAGGGGAGGGGGGGAGGUGGGGGCAAGGCUGCUGAGAAGGUGCAUGGGAAGGGGAAGGGGAUGGGGUUGGCUGAGGAGAAGGCUGUCGAGAAGACGUAUGGGGGGGCGAAGGGCAUGUGCGAGGCUUCACCUGGGAGGGAGGAUGGGAGACACGGAGAGGAAGAGGCAGGGAGCAAGGUAGAGAUGGAUGGGGUUGUUGGCGUGUGGGGGAGGGCACGAAAGGACGUGAAGUGGAGGGCGCAUCUGAAGGGACGUGUGUGGGAGAGGUUCGGCGCCAUCCCGAAGCCUCUAGAGGGAAGCAGCAUUGCUUUGGAGUGGGAGGAGUGGCCUGCAGGCGAGGAAGCUGCUGUGAAGUUUCCUGUGAACCGAAAGGAGAGGUGUUUUGGGCUUGGGAUAGUGGAGGAGCGUGGUGAAGCAGCUGAGAAGCUGAUUGGGCAUCCUGCAGAAGGCCAAGGAGAUGUGGACUUCCUGGUGGGGUUUGCCGGGUAUGUCAUGCACCCUCCUGCCUGCACCCAGUGCAGCACCUGCUCUGCGGAAUUCAUGCAAUCCGUGUGCAUGGCUGCUCUCACUGUCAACUUUGCUUACUGCCCCGUCAGCCAUCUGUUCUCCCGCUUGCUCUCGGUCUUCCCUCCCUCCUCCCCUGGCUUCGACAAGCUGGUUGAGUGUCUGGACCUCCCCGCACGCCUGCCCAGGCCGUUGAACCUGCACAUGCUGCUGAGACGAGCGGAGCAAGUGCCUCUGUACUUCCUCAUUCACAUGGCAGUGUGGUGCGCUCGUCCUCUUCUGAAUCUUGCUUGUUCUGAGGGAGGGUACAGUGAGAAAGGGCAGGGAGUGCAGUCAGGUGCACGAAAAAAUGAAGUGGCGGAAAUGGGAAAAGGUGGCAGUGUGAAGGUGCAAGGCUGCUGGGAUGGUGAGGUGUGGGAAGAGGUGGAAAUAUGGUACUUUGCAGCAAUGAAGACAUGGAUGUCAAACCUGAGGGUUGAGGGAGGGAGUGAGGAGUGCAGCGGCAGCAGAGAGCGGGAGAGGCCUACAGGGGGGUUCGAUAUCACGUGGGCUCUUGCAGCGGCGAUCAUCCCGAGAUACUGUGAGGGGUUGCAGGGGCAGCAAAGGUCUGCCAUGGGGAGCAGCAACAAGGGCAGCAGCAGCAGCAGCGGCGGCGGCUGUGAGAAGAAGGGCGAGAAGGGGGAGGAGCCGGCGUAUCUGAAGGCAUGGCCAGGGGGAGUCAAUCUGGUGGCAUGUCUGCGAGAGAUGCUGCUGGGGGAGCCGUGCUACCACCCUGCCUCCCCUGCUGCCCCUUCCAUCCAUGCUACUGCUUCCACCCAUCCUGCUGCUUCCACCCAUCCUGCUGCUUCCACCCAUCCUGCAGAUAGCAUCCGAGCUGGAUCUGCUGCUACCGCUGCUGCUGCUUCAGGUGUCCGAGGCCGUGUGUGCGGUGCUGCGGGAUGUGGGAUGGUGGAGGGUGGCGGAGUGAAGCUGAGGAGGUGCGGUGGGUGUGGCAAGGUGGCGUAUUGCAGCAGAGAGUGCCAAAAGGCGCACUGGCCCUCCCACAAGCUCACAUGCCCUGGCAGGAACAGCGGGGAGAAGAAUGGGAAGGAUGGGAGUGGGGUUGGGAGCAAGGAUGGUCGCAUAAAAAUUGGCAAGGAGAGUGAUUGUGAGGGUUGCGCGCAUCGUCUGAACGUCGUCAUGAACAAGUGGUGUGGGAUGUGA